UAAUUAUUUAAAGGUGAUAGGGGUAAUAAUGGCGACAUGAUGCGUCACGACGUCGACGUCGGCCUCACCUGGGCGCCACUCUGUCCGAGGAGGAGGGCAAUAAUGCUGACUCGACAUGCGCUGACGUCAUCCGCUCUCAGACAUCGACUUCAUCGUUGUCUGACCCCGCGCGCUUGACCGAGGCAGAGGAGGACGACGAUCGACCCUCUCCCAUACCCUGCGACAUUUCGGUUCUCCACGCAACGUCAAUAGCAAUGUCAGAUGCCAUCAGAGGUACGAUCCUGCCUCCUACAGGCAGGCACAUCAGGUAAUACUAAACUACCCUAUAAAUGCCCCCGAGUUCCAAACGAGGAGGGGGAGACUUCUUCACUAGAAAAACUCCCUUUUAGAUCAUCUGACUUGAUCGUCGGAGGGGUCGGGCCGAGCUUCCGACCCGACCUGUGUGCAGGAACGAAGGCGAGGACGCACCUCCCCGACGCUACGGUGAAGCUUCACUCCUGACGCAACGACCCGAUCGGACCAUCGCAGCCGGCCACCCCAGCUGACCCGAGGAACGCCACGCAAGAUCCCCUCGUAUUCGGACCCGAACCAAGCCGUAUCAAGACCCUGAGGCCACGGCAUACAGUUGUUUCCCGCAACAAAAGUAGGAGCAAAUCCUCCAUGGCCACUCGGAUUCUGCCAUCCCAUCCUUCGGCGCUUCCUCGUACACACGACCCCAACAACAACGGCAGCGGCUGCAGCAGGAGCAACAACCUCCCUGUUAGGAGGAAAGCCGAGGACCAUCCGGUUCUCGCGCUUCUGGACGACCACCGGCGCCUCGACGCCGACGGCAUCAGGCGAAUCCACGCCCGCAUGCUUCGCCUCGGCCUCCUCGGCCACCCUUACUCGGCCAGCCGCCUCCUCGCCGCCUGCUCCCUCUCCCCCUCCGCCGACCUUCGCUACGCCCGCCGGGUGUUCGACCACAUCCCCGCUCCCAAUCUCUUCACCUGGAAUAUCAUCAUCCGCGCCCACGCCUCCGCCCCCGAUCCUCGCCUCGCCCUCCUCCUCUUCUCCAGCUUGCUCCGCCACAGCCCCCACUCGCCGGACAAGUUCACCUUCCCUUUCGCCAUAAAGGCCGCUGCCGAACUGGCGGCCCUCCGCGAGGGCGCCGCCCUCCACGCGAUGGUCGCCAAAUCCCCCCUUUUACGUUCCGACGUCUUCGUCCUUAACUCUCUCGUCCACUUUUACGCGGCCUGCGGGGACUCGAAUCUCUCCCUCAGGGUGUUCGAGAAGAUUCCUGAGCGAGACGUCGUGUCUUGGAACUCCGCGAUCACUGCUCUGGCGCAGGGCGGUCGCUGGGACGAGGCUCUGCAACUGUUCGAGGAGAUGGAUGGCGAGAACGUGAGGCCCAACGACGUGACGAUGGUGAGCGUUGCUUCAGUCUGUGGGAAAAAGGGCGACUUGGAGCUUGGCAAGCGAAUACAUUCUUACAUUGAGCGAAAUGAUAUUAAGCAAAGCUUAAUACUGGAUAAUGCCUUGCUCGACAUGUUUGUGAAGUGCGGAAGCUUGGCGGACGCCGAGUCGCUUUUUGAUGGCAUGACCACCAAGGACUCCAUCUCAUGGACCACGAUGCUCGUCGGGUAUGCAAAGUCAGGGCAGUUCGAUGCCGCGCGCCGAGUGUUCGAUAAAAUGCCCAGGCGUGAUAUUGCUUCUUGGAAUGCUUUGAUCUCGUGUUAUGAACAGAGUGGUCGUCCGAAGGAAGCUUUAGAUCUCUUCCAUGAAUUGCAGCAUGCCGAUGCUACGCCUGAUCAGGUAACACUGGUUGCUGCACUGUCAGCUUGCUCCCAAUCGGGUGCACUGGAGUUGGGCUGUUGGAUCCAUGCAUACAUGGAGAAGAACAACUUGGAGCUAAAUUUUCAUCUCACAACUUCGCUGAUCGACAUGUAUUCCAAGUGCGGAGACGUGGAUAAGGCCCUCCAUGUGUUCGGCUGUGUGAGCAGGAGGGAUGUGUUCGUGUGGAGUGCCAUGAUUGCAGGGCUGGCAAUGCAUGGAAGGGGAAGAGAAGCUUUGGAUCUCUUUGAGCAAAUGCAGGAGGCCAAGGUGGAGCCGAACACCGUAACCUUCACCAACAUAUUAUGUGCUUGUAGCCAUGCAGGGUUGGUCGAGGAGGGCAGGCUGUAUUUUAGCCAAAUGCUUCCUGUCUAUGGCAUUUCACCGACUGCCGAUCACUACAGUUGCAUGGUUGACAUCCUCGGCCGUGCCGGGCGAUUGGAAGAAGCCAGAGGGUAUGUGGAGAACAUGCCAAUGCCGCCGGGCGCUUCAGCAUGGGGUGCAUUGCUCGGAGCCUGUGCCGUUCAUAAAAAUGUCGAGUUGGGUGAGCUUGCGUGUAAACAACUGCUGGAGUUGGAGCCUAGAAAUCAUGGAGCCUAUGUGAUUUUGUCUAAUUUAUAUGCCAGAUCAGGAAAAUGGGAUGCUGUUGCCAUGCUGAGGAAGUGGAUGAAAGACAGUUCACUUAAGAAGGAGGCAGGUUGUAGCUCCAUAGAAGUUCAUGGUGUGGUGCAUGAGUUUUUGGUGGGAGAUAUAUCUCACCCUAUGAAGGAGAAGAUAUAUCUGCAGUUGGAGGAUAUGGCGUCGAGAUUGAAAGCAGCUGGUUAUGUACCCAACAGAAAACUUGUCUUGCAGGAUAUAGAAGAUGAUGCGAAAGACAAGGCACUAUGUUUACACAGUGAGAAACUGGCAAUUGCUUUUGGACUUCUUAGGACGUGUUCGCCGGCACCGAUACGGAUCACAAAGAAUCUUCGUGUAUGUGAUGACUGCCACUCGGUUGCCAAGCUUGUGUCUGGUAUAUACAACAGGAACAUAAUCUUGAGAGACCGGUAUCGGUUCCACCAUUUUACUGGAGGUUCCUGUUCAUGUAUGGAUUAUUGGUGAAUGCUGCUCAAGAAUUGUACAUGACAUCUCUGCUACAGAUUGGGUCAUGUAUGGAUUAACGGUGAAUGCUACUAAAGAAUUGUACAUGAGAUCUGUGGAUGGUCAACGUCCUUAGAUUAAUCCUCCUUUCAGCAAGCA